AUGAGAGUCAUUGGAAGAGGGAUUGUGAAAAAUAAGAAAAAGUCCUUUGGUGCCAAUGGACGCGUAUUGGACAAAGUAGUCAUCCCAGCCUGGAGAAUAAGAAUUGAAGAACUUAUCGCAAAGGCUAGGGCCCUCAUCGGCAGACUGAUAUGCUUCAGGUCAGGCAAUACCAGGCCAAGGAUUGUGCGCACCGUCAGGAUGGCGUUUGCUGGGACAAAUGUUAGUUUGUCCCAGCCGGAUAUAAUGCAAAAACUGACGGAGCGCAUAGACGACCUGAAGCAAAGAAUAGCUGCUUGGGGAAAGCGGAUUCGGCGAUAUACCGAGAGGUCGACACGGUUCAACCAGAAUCGUCUCUUCCAGAGUGAUCAGAAGAGGCUCUAUAAAUCAUUGGAGCGACCAAUAGUAAGUGGAACGGGCCCUGCACCAAAUCAGGCCGACAUGGUCGCAUUCUGGCGCAGCCUGUGGUCAGAGCCCGUAAACCACAACGAGGGCCCUUGGACGGAAGUUGUGGCGAGUCAGUGUGCGAGUAUUACGCCCAUGGACCCCGUCAUCAUAACGCCGGAUGACGUAGCUGAGGCGGUCCGUAGGGCCCCGAACUGGAAAAGUCCGGGGCUUGACGGGCUGCAUCACUACUGGCUGAAGGGGUUCAUGUACAACUCGGUACCGAACUGUAAGGACAGACAGCUGGACCUGGUGUUGAGCGCGUGCAGCGAUGUGCGCGUGACGGGGGCUGACGAGGCGCUGACCAGCCGCCGCUCGCCAUGA